CUAGUACCUAUAAAAUCAAGCAUCCCAACCAAAACCGAAGACAUCCACAAGAUUUGAUCAAUCCUCCUCUUCGCACGAGCCAGGAAUCAAUCUCGCUCCAACCGCGGAGCAGCAGCAGUGGAACUUCACCGGCGAUGGCGGCGGCGGCGGCGGCUAUGACAAGUCCAGGCGCAGGCACGGGUAGCGGUAUCGCGUCGACCAGCCGGCAGUUCGCGGCGGCGUGCGGCGCGCUGGGCCGGUACGUGAAGGCAGCCGAGCGGACGCGGCCGGUGCGGCCCCUCCCCCUCAUGCCGGGCGCCGACGUCGACGCCUACGCCACCGACGGCGACGACGACGAGCAGGAGCAGCGCGAGGCGGGGCCGGCGCCCGCGCCCGCGCAGCUGACCAUCGCCUACGGCGGGCGCGUGGUGGUGCUCGACGACGUCCCGGCGGACAAGGCGGCGAACCUGCUGCGCCUCGCCGCCACCGCGGCGCGUGGGGGGACCGUGGAGUCCCAGCGGAUCGCGGCGGACGACGACCUGCCGGCGGCGAGGAAGGCGUCGCUGCAGCGGUUCAUGGAGAAGCGCAGGGGCCGCGCCGCCGCGCGCGGGGCGCUGUACCGUCGGCCGGACGUCGGCGACGCGUGCCACGACGACCAUCUCAAGCUCGCGCUCUGAAUUCUUGUUCCUCUGCUGGACUUGUAGCUCUGUCUGUUUUUACUUUCUACAAGACACGUAGGGAUUCCCCACGAAUGAAUUUCGCAAAAAAAAAACAUAGAAUUUUACCCAACUGAGUACUGACCAACGCAGAAUUUUCAGAAAAAAAAUCCUGUUUUCUAAAGGUCCCGUGCUCCCAGCCCUGUGCUACCUGUGUUUGUGGAACAUGAAGAGCAGAUUUUAUACAUGUGGUUACUGAAUGGAA